CGAGAGCGCGCGCGCGCCUUUCAAGGCCACUGUCGGAGCUGCAGGGGCCCAUAGUGCAAAGAGUUAAAUCCGGCUCCCUACCGCCCUCGGGGGCGGGGUCGAGCUGCAACGGAAAUAACCGAGCGCGGGGCCGCGGCUGAGCGAAAGGAGCCGAGUUCCUUCCGGAAGUGGCCGAUCUGCGGGGUCUUGCUCUCCGACCUGAGCCGAGCGCUGGGCCUUGUUCUCCGUAUCGGCCGAAGGUGUUCCGGAAGGAGGCGAACCCGGACGCGGGCAGGGCAAACCUUCCCAGCGGCUGGCACCACACGACGUCUGCUGGGACUCGGUGAGCACGCUAGGAGCCGGAAUCUGACUAAGGUCAGGAAGGAACCGAGCUCGUUCCGGAAGAAGUCGAGCAGACCGGCGCCGGCCUGGGUGUCCCGGGCGUGAGGCUAUAGCAGAGUCGUCGUCGUGCGAACAGUGAUGAACCGCGACGGCUGAGCGAGCAGAGGUGCCGGCUGCGCGGGCCCCAUCGACACUUCCGCGAAGCGUCAGCUCCGCGCUGGGGGCAUCGUCUGGAGCCAAGCUUUGCCCCCGCGAGCCUCCCGGACCUCUUUGUGCGGCCGGAGGCGGCGGCGGGAACGGCCAUGGCGGCUAACAUGUACCGGGUGGGAGAUUACGUCUAUUUUGAGAACUCCUCCAGCAAUCCUUACCUGGUUAGACGGAUUGAGGAGCUAAACAAGACUGCAAAUGGAAAUGUGGAAGCAAAGGUUGUCUGUCUUUUCCGGCGAAGGGAUAUUUCUAGUAGCCUCAACAGCCUGGCUGACAGUAAUGCUAGGGAAUUUGAGGAAGAAUCAAAGCAACCAGGGGUCUCGGAGCAGCAGAGACAUCAGUUGAAGCACCGAGAGCUUUUUCUUUCUCGGCAGUUUGAAUCGUUACCAGCCACCCACAUAAGGGGGAAGUGCAGUGUAACUCUGUUGAAUGAGACAGAUAUCUUGAACCAGUACCUGGAAAAAGAGGACUGCUUUUUUUACUCACUGGUGUUUGAUCCUGUGCAGAAGACACUUCUAGCCGAUCAAGGGGAGAUCAGAGUUGGUUGCAAAUUCCAAGCUGAGAUUCCAGAUCGCUUGGCAGAGGGUGAAUCGGAUAAUCGAAACCAACAGAAGAUGGAGAUGAAAGUCUGGGACCCAGACAACCCUCUCACAGACCGGCAGAUUGAUCAGUUUCUCGUGGUGGCCCGAGCUGUGGGAACCUUUGCAAGAGCCCUAGACUGCAGCAGCUCCAUUCGGCAGCCGAGCUUGCACAUGAGUGCAGCUGCUGCGUCCCGAGAUAUAACCCUGUUCCAUGCCAUGGACACAUUACAAAGGAAUGGCUAUGACUUGGCCAAGGCCAUGUCAACCCUGGUGCCACAGGGGGGCCCAGUGCUCUGUCGAGAUGAGAUGGAGGAGUGGUCUGCUUCUGAAGCCAUGCUAUUUGAAGAGGCUCUAGAGAAGUACGGGAAAGAUUUCAAUGAUAUCCGCCAGGACUUUCUACCCUGGAAAUCACUUGCAAGCAUAGUCCAGUUUUAUUACAUGUGGAAAACCACAGAUCGGUAUAUUCAGCAGAAAAGAUUGAAAGCUGCUGAAGCAGACAGCAAACUGAAACAGGUCUACAUCCCCACCUAUACUAAGCCAAACCCUAACCAGAUCAUUUCCGUGGGUUCAAAACCUGGCAUGAAUGGGGCCGGAUUCCAGAAAGGCCUGACUUGUGAGAGCUGCCACACCACACAGUCUGCCCAGUGGUAUGCCUGGGGCCCACCUAACAUGCAGUGCCGCCUUUGUGCUUCCUGCUGGAUUUACUGGAAGAAGUAUGGGGGACUGAAGACCCCAACCCAGCUUGAAGGGGCUGCUCGGGGCACCACAGAGCCACACUCAAGAGGUCAUUUAUCCAGACCCGAAGCCCAGAGUCUCUCCCCCUAUACAACCAGCGCUAACCGGGCCAAGUUGCUGGCUAAGAACAGGCAAACUUUCUUGCUCCAGACCACAAAGCUGACUCGUCUUGCCAGACGGAUGUGCAGAGACCUGUUACAGCCAAGGAGGGCUGCCCGAAGACCCUAUGCACCUAUCAAUGCCAAUGCCAUCAAGGCUGAGUGUUCUAUUCGACUUCCUAAGGCUGCCAAGACGCCACUGAAAAUUCACCCUCUGGUGCGGCUGCCCUUGGCAACUAUCGUCAAAGAUCUGGUGGCCCAGGCACCUCUGAAACCAAAAACACCUCGGGGCACCAAGACACCAAUCAACAGAAACCAGCUGACACAGAACCGAGGCCUGGGGGGCAUUAUGGUGAAACGUUCCUAUGAGACUAUGGCAGGGGCAGGGGUCCCCUUCUCUGCCAAUGGAAGGCCUCUGGCCUCAGGGAUUCGCUCAGGCUCACAGCCAGCAGCUAAGCGUCAGAAACUGAACCCCGCUGAUGCUCCCAAUCCGGUGGUGUUUGUGGCCACAAAAGAUACCAGGGCUUUAAGGAAGGCUCUAACUCACCUGGAAAUGCGCCGAGCUGCCCGAAGGCCCAACCUGCCCUUGAAGGUGAAGCCGACACUGCUGGGCGUUCGGCCCCCCGUCCCUCUGCCAGCACCCGCACAUCCUGCCAGCACCAAUGAGCCCAUUGUUCUGGAGGAUUGAGCAUCUUAGGGGAGGGAGGUGGGAUGAGAGGCAGAGGGGUGGGUGCUCAGGGCAUGCAAACCUCAAGGAGUGAGGGAGGGUUAAAGCUGGUGUGUGUGUCCUCGGAGGGGUUGGACACCCUCCGUGUGACUGCCACUAACCCCUUCUUUGGGCUUCUCCAUGCCUGUGGUGGAGGACAGCCUACAGGAACUUGCCUAUGUGGGUACCUACCCUAUUUGGGGGCUGGGACCCACACUUGGUUUGGACAGCUGGGGGGGAGGAGGGUUUUUUAAUUUUUUAAAAAUUUUACCUCCCUUUGUAAAAGGGGUGGAGGAGGGGGGAGUAAACAACUAUCAGGUGGUGGUACCUGGCAGGGGGAGGGGGAGUACACUGCCACGUCUGUCUUUUUGUCUUUAUUUUCUAAUUGGGGGUUUCUCUUACUGUCCGGUGUCCGGACUUUCCUAAUUAGAGUUUGAGGGCCCUAAGCUGGCAUCAACCCCAGCCCAUGCUCACUCUUUCUUCCCUCCCUUUCCCCCUCUGCCUUUUAUAUGCCAAUUCUCAGAAAUAAAGAUCUUUUGUCUGUUUUUUUAACCUCGGAUUCUGUAAUUGGUUCUUAUAGUGAUGAAUAAAAAGCUGUUUUCUUCA